AGCCGACACUAAUACUGCUUUCCGUCGAGCCAUUCAACGGUUUCCGUUUCCACUUCCAUAAAACGACGACAACUUUUAUGCGUACCAUUUCCCAACUUUCUUCUACCCUUUCACUCCCAUCGGACUCGGCUAAGCUUCCCUUCCGGCGAAGCUCUUUUAAUACUUUCAGAUUCAGACAACACACACUCCAUUCAACUCCAGCUUUCUCUCUACUUCACAUGCAGCUCCCUCACUGUCCUUCCUCGGCGAUUCUUCCUGUUUCGGACCUUCUCAGUCAGCGGAAUACGGUGCUGAUUUGCUUCUAGAGCUGUUGAUUACCUCUUGCUGUUGCUGUUGCUGUUGCAUCCUUUACUUUUUGAGAUCUUGCUUAAAGUGUUUCGCAGUGGAGUGAGAGUUGAGUGUGGAGUGUGGAGUUCAUGAAGAUUGGGGAUUAGGUUUUCUGUUUGUGGUGAUUUGAAUUCGCGUUUUGUAUGAGAGGUGGAUAGAGUUGGUGAUGGAUAUGGAGGUUGAAGGUGACUUGGAGUUCCUACUGGACAUAGAGAUGUUGCAGCUCCCCGAGGUGUCUUCCUUUGCUAUGAAAUCCAAUCCUUAUGUCGUUGAGGCGUUGUUCUCGCAGUGGCUUUCGCUGCCCGAGACUGGCCGACUGGUACUUCUUCGAUUCAUUUUUUUGUUUAGAAACUCUAUCGUACUUCCGAAGUCUCUUUUGUAGCUUCAUACAAGUGAAUUCUUUGGUUGCUGAUGCGAAGUCCGGUGCUUCUUUUAAUGUUGGCGGCAACUCUACUGGAAUCAACGGUGUUUCUAAUCAUUCUUUACCUUCUAUGUUUCCCGGUGGCAGUACUCCUCCACUUUCACCUCGCAGUGCAUCCAGUUCCCCACGUAUGGUGAAACAGAGGUUUGGCCCUUCUUCGUUAAGUUCUCCACUUAAGUUGGUCAAGGAGCCAGCAAGAGAGGCUAUACCACAGUUCUACUUUACAAGUGGUCGUCCAGCUCCGAAUGAAUUGACGGAAGAUUUUCUGUCUAAAGCGAAUCAGUUUUUUCUUUCUCGCUCGGAUGGAGUGCAAAUAAAGGAAUUUAAAUUAGUCACAAAGGAGAUUUGCAAGUUACCUUCAUAUCUCUCCACUGCUCUUUUUAGGAAGAUUGAUGUUAACUGCAACGGAAAAGUAUCAAGAGAACAGUUCAUCAAUUAUUGGAUUAUGAGCAAUAUGUUAACCAUGGAUUUAGCAUCCCAAGUAUUUGCUAUUCUCAAGGAACCAGAGCGCAAUUACCUUGUUCAGGAUGAUUUCAAACCUGCUUUACAAGAACUUUUGGCAACUCACCCAGGGCUGGAGUUUUUGCAAAGUACACCAGAGUUCCAGGAAAGAUACGCUGAAACAGUCAUAUACAGGAUAUUUUACUAUAUUAACAGAACCAGUAACGGUCGUAUUACCCUCAGGGAGUUGAAGCGUGGGAACUUAAUUGCUGCAAUGCAGCAUGUGGACAAGGAAGAAGAUAUCAACAAAGUUCUGAAGUACUUCUCAUAUGAACACUUCUACGUGAUAUAUUGCAAGUUUUGGGAGCUUGACAAUGAUCAUGAUUUUUUUAUCGAGAAAGAGAAUGUAAUCAAAUAUGGUAACCAUGCUCUAACCUAUCGGAUUGUCGAUAGAAUCUUUUCUCAGAUUCCAAGAAGAUUUACUUGUAACGUUGAAGGGAGGAUGGGAUAUGAAGACUUUGUUUACUUCAUUUUGGCUGAAGAGGAUAAAUCAUCCGAACCGAGUCUUGAGUACUGGUUCAAAUGCAUUGAUCUAGACGGGAAUGGAGUGCUUACAAGGAAUGAAAUGCAGUAUUUUUUUGAAGAGCAGUUGCACCGAAUGGAGUGUAUGGCUCAGGAACCAGUGCUUUUUGAGGACAUAUUGUGUCAGAUUUUUGAUAUGAUUGGACCAGAGAAUGAGGAAUGCAUUACAUUACGAGAUAUAAAAAACUGUAAACUUGCCGGACAUGUUUUCAACAUCCUUUUCAAUCUCAACAAGUUUGUUGCCUUUGAAAGUCGCGAUCCAUUCCUAAUCCGUCAGGAACACGAGGAUCCAACUUUGACUGAAUGGGAUCGAUUUGCACAUAGGGAAUAUAUUCGUCUUUCCAUGGAAGAAGAAGCUGAAGAUGCUUCAAAUGCAAGUGAUGUCUGGGAUGAGUCACUUGAGGCUCCUUUUUGAGGAUGUAAACACAGAAACGGUACUCGGUGGAUCACGAUAUUGGACAUUGAGACGAGAGAUAUGCUUAAUGAAACUUCAGUUUGGCUGCACAAGAAAUGUACAUUGCAUGAAGUUCCCCUGCAGGAUAGGUAAGCCUGGCCAUAUGAGACUUCCAAAUCAAUGGUUGGAUUUCCAUGAUAUCCUUUUGCCAUUUCCUCUGCUCGAUUUUUUUUUUAAUUUGCAGCAACACAACAUAUCUUUCGCUGCCUUCGUUUGUUCAUGUUAUUGUAGUUAACAUUACAGAUCGAGAACUUGAUGUCGUUUUGUUAGAUUCAUUGCCAAAAUAGCACACCUGAAAAUUACAUGUGGAUCGCAAUCGUCAAACCCAAAAUCAAUUGUAUAGAAUUGACACUACUUCGUGUUUUCUUUUUCUUUCUAGCUCUAAGUCUGUUAAAUGCUUCAAAAAA